AUGAAGCGGGGUGUGAUCAUGUCGGGCAUCGAGAACGAGAAGCUGGCGGACCACCUCAGCUUGAAUGUUUCGCGCUUGGUCACGUACGACGACCUGAAGACGGAGCUGAAGACGAUCUGCUCAUCGCGGCGACGUUGGGCAGCAGUGGGCUCUGGAGGCGACGGCGUAGUCCCGAUGCAGGUCGGCGCAACCGGUAAAGGCAAGGGCAAAGACGGCAAGGGCAAAGGCAAGGACGGCAAAGGGAAGAAAGGCGACUCCAAGGGGAAGAAGGGCGACCCCAAAGGCAAGGACCGAGAGACCCGCAGUUGCCACUAUUGCGGCAAGGCUGGCCACCUCGCAGCCGACUGCCGCAGGAAGAAGGCGGGCGAGAAGAAGGGCAGGAAGUUCGCAUUGCUGACGGACGCGACCCAGGUGCAGCCUUCCGCCUCGACGGCAUCGACGGCGCUGAAGGGGGGCAGCACUGGCUCGCAUAGCAGUUUGGCCCCCACGAUCGACGUGUCUCACGCGGCAGCAGUCCCAGCCCAGACGCAGUUGCAACAGCAGCGGAGUCCACCUUCGACGAGCGCUACCGUUCACAUCGCGAACAUCCAGGUGGCAGGCGACGCUGACAUCCCGACGCCCGAGGAGUACUAUUGGCAGGUCGGCAUGAUGUACGCCACGACGCAGUGCGAUGCGCUGCCAGUGACGGUCGGCGACUCGGUGCAGUUCGACUGGGCGCUCUGUGAUACAAGCUCAGGGCUCACCACCUGCCCGCAGGAGUUCGCGAACAUGACCGAGAUGCUUCCGCCCCAGAAGCCGCCGCUUUGCGAGUCGGCGACUUGCGACGAGGUUAUGUCCAUGGGCACGAGGGCCGCGGCAGCCGAGAGCGACGGAGCACCUCUCCAGAUCGAAUUCCAGGUCACGAACGUGAAGCGCGCCAUCGUGGGUGCCGACGCCUUCACGGAGGGGGGCCAUGUCCCGAUCCCCGGCAAGGACCCCUACAUCCUGCUCGCGGACGGCCGCGAGAUCAAGCUGUACAGGAGCGAGAGGACGUUCUGGCUCAGGAUCAGGAGGCCCGUCGAGAACGUCGCCGAGCCGAUGCCCGUCAACCCCGCGCGGCCGAACACUGAGCUGCCGGCGAUGGCCAGGAUCAACCAGACCAGAAAGGAUAUCAUCGUGAGGGUGUUCGACGACAGCGAGAAGACGGAGGGCCCUCACACGCGUUUAGCGGGCCCUGGCCGCCUGAUCCCGCUGGUCUGCAUCGACUACUUGUUCCUCGGAGACAUCGAAGGCGACCCCCUCGCGGUACUGAACAUCCUGGAGUACCAGUCGGGCGCGAUCGGGCGAGAUCCCAAGAGCAAGGGGGCGAUCGAGAACGCCGACAUAAUGGUCGAAGGCAUGUUCCGCACACUGAGGGCAUCGAUCGAGUCGAGGUACUCGGUGAAGGAGGAUGGCCUCGCGCCCUACCAGCACCUGAAGGGCCGCGCGCACGGAGGAGCGAUCUGCGAGUUCGGCGAGACGGUGAUGUAUAAGAUCCAGAACGCGGCCCACCACAAGGCGGAGAUACGCUGGGGCAAGGCAGUCUGGGUCGGGAAGGACCGCGCGGACGAGCACCUCCUGGCGACCGCUGCUGGUCGGAAGACGGCGAGGACGAUCGACGGGCGAGUUGAGGACCAGCGAUGGUCCAAGAGCCUAUUCAACAAGGUCGAGUGCACGCCGUGGGACACUCGCGCAGGACCCGAGGCAGCACCGCCUCCCCCGCGCCGCCGCUACAUCACGAGGGCCAUCAUCGAUCGGUUUGGACCGACACCUGUUUGCGACGACUGCUACGGGCUUGGCCACCCACGCACCGAGUCCUGCAGAGAUCGGACCGAGAGCCUGCCGAAGGCCAAGGAGGAUAAGGACAAGCAGGAGGAGGGGGAGAUCUGCCUGCUCAGCUUGCACCCGCCGACGAGCAACCUGCACCAGCAGCAUCGGCUCCAGCGCCACCUGCUCCCCUACAUGGCCCAGGGGCAGGAGGAACCUCCAGCGCAGGAGCAGCAGGACGGGAUGGAGCUCGGGAUGGUCGAGAUGGGCUGGAACGGGACCGUGGUGACGGAGAAGCCGAGGAGGAAGCAGAAGGUGAUCGCGGGCCCGUUCGUCAACGUAGCGACCGCGGUGCUGGCACUGACAUGCGACGCCAUUCCUUACGACAGCGAAACGGACACCAACAAGCACAGCCUCUACGACAGGGGGUCGACCUACCAGAACGUGCUCGGGGCUAGGGAGAAAGAUCACAUGCAGAUGGAGGAGUUCCAGGUCUGCGACCGCGUGCCUAAGAACUUCGCGAAGGGCAAGCGCGUCCGCGGGAAGGGUGUCGACGAUGAGCGCUACGACGACGACGGCAGGGUGUCGGUCAGGUCGCGCUUCGUGGCCAUGCAGUUCGCCUGGGGCGCGCGGGGCGACACUUUCGCAGGCGCGCCACCGCUGGCCGCGUUCUGGCUGGUGGUCUCCUUCGCAUCAAGUCUCUUCUCCACGGGGGUCGGCUACGACGGCGUGCUCGCUCUCUACGACGUGUCGGCGGCGUUCUUCCACGCGUAUAUCGACGAGGACAUCUACGCGGUGCCGCCCAGGGGAGAGGAGCCCGAAGGCAGUUUCCUCAAGCGCACAGUGGCGUGGUGCCCCGAAGAUUUCGGCAUCAUGCACGAUCGCAAGCAUGUGGAGAUCCUGGUCAGCACCAUGCUCAGCAGGAAGAUCGGCGAGAGCAACACCACCAAGCGCACGAUCACCCCGUCUUCCAAGACAAUCGGAAAGGACUGCAGAGAGUCAUCCGACGAGCUCAGCACGGAGUACGCGACCACCUGCCGCAGCAUGGCGCCUACCGCUUUCAAAGUCGCACACGACCGCUUCGACAUCCAGCAGGCCGUCGGCUACCCCAUGAGGGGCAUGGUUCUCGUGGUGGAGGUCGACAGCGACUGGGCAUCAGAGCCUGGUCGGAGCUCCGUGGACGGUGGCUUCCUGUUCAUCGGUUCACACCUGAUCGACGGCUGGAGCGGCCAGCAGUACAACCACGCCCUGAGCAGCGCCGAGGCGGAGUUCACGGGCAUCGUGAACGGAUCGGCGAGGGGCACCUGGCUCCGCAACGUGAUGUUGGAGAUGGGCUUCGAGGUGACGCUGCAGGUCAACACGGGCAGCUCUGGGGCCAAGGGCAUCGCAUCGCGCCUCGGAUGCGGCAAGGUGCGCCACCUGGAGACGAAGUACCUCUGGGUGCAGGAGAAGGCCAAGGAUCGGACCAUCACGAUGGCGAAGAUCCACGCUGAUGUCAACGGGGCCGACAUGCAGACAAAGCCGAUGACGGGGCCGAGACUCCUGAAGCUGCUGGCGUUCCUUCCACUUCGGACACCGUCCUCAGGGCGCACGCAGGCGUUCGGAGUCACGCUGGCGGCCACCAUUCUCGGUGGAGUUCAGGGCUCGGCA